AUGGAGGGCGAAGGGGGCACGCGCCCUCAUCUCGCAGGGGCGGAUUCGCCAUUUGGUGGCAAACCCAAAAAGAAACGCUACGCUACACAGCAUGAGACUCGCUGGCUUGAAGAGGGGCAGCCGUCUGACCCCAUCUUGAAGCAGAGCUCUGGUCUAGCAGAUCAACCCCUGCCGACUCUCCCGCCCAACUCACAGCAAAUCCAACCAGCGGCACAGCCCCAGAGCCAGACACCUCCCUCAGUUGUCAGCACUGUCUCCCCAGCGCUGUCUAUUCUGGGAUCCGGCAAAUAUGCGAGAAUGAGCCCUGGGCAAGACGCCCCGGCCAUCCAACCAGGCGCGCCAUCAGCAUACUUGGCGGCGCAGCCCUUGAACCACAGCUCCCUUCGAAGCCAAAGCCAAAGCACCCAAAUUGACGCGACGAAUGGAGAUGCUCUCAGCGCCAUCGACGAGGAGCAGACCAUACGUGGCCGGUCGGUCUCGCCAUCACCAUCGGCACCACAGCCAGAGCUAUCGAAGCUACGCAGAGGAUUGUCAAAGCUGCUUCGGAGGAACAAUUAG